CAUUUUAGUUGUGAACGAAAUUUUAAUGGACACGGAUCGGAUUGGCUAUCUUUGGCGGGAUUGUUAACAACGAAAGAAAUUUCGAAGAGAAAUAGAAAAAUUGUGUUCUUUUGUUCAGUUGAACAUAAAAAAAAUCAAAGAGAGUGGUUGUUGUUGUCAUUUUGAAAAAAAUUUUGAAAAUAGAAAAACAUUGUGUAAUUGUCAGUUAUAUAGAAGAGAAUGAAAGAAAUUAAAGAUGAAACGGCCGAUGAAUUCCAGUCGCUGCGAAAUGGAGCCACACCUCAAGUGGUUAGCGGCAUGGAUAGGCCUUACAAGGCCAAGCCCUUGGGAGAACAAACAAGAGCUUUGAGACGUCAGGGCAUUAUGGUGAUAUUUGGAAAUUUAGGUGUAAUGUCUACAGGCUUGGGUCUGGGAUUGCCGACAAUUACAAAUGGUCCCAUGAAAGAUACCACAGCACCAGUAUACUUAACAGAUUCGCAGUUUUCAUGGUUUGCAUCUUUGAAUUUAUUUGCUGCUCCAUUUGGUGGCCUUCUAUCGGGCUUGCUGUUGGAUAAACUUGGACGUAAAAACACCAUGUAUGUCCUAAACGUAUUGGGACUGAUAUCAUGGAUUCUUAUGGCCUUUACCAGUCAAGCAACUCAAGAUUCCAUGUUUAUACAGUUAAUGGUAUCGAGAUUUUUCAUAGGUGUUGCCAGUGGUCUAGCCAGUGCUCCUGUGGGAGUUUAUUCAGCCGAAAUAAGCACUCCAAAAAUUCGUGGUCGUUUAAUUUUGGGGACCUCAAUAUCGGUGGCAGCAGGCAUAACCAUGAUCUAUAUUUUGGGAUAUUUUAUACGGGACGAUUGGCAUUUGAUAGCCAUGAUCUGCUGUGCUUUUCAAAUAAUAGCCUUGAUAUGUGUCAUACCAAUGCCGGAGUCUCCAAAUUGGCUAAUCUCAAAGUCACGUCUGCCAGAGGCCAGACAAUCGCUUAACUAUUUCAGGGGUUUGGAAAAGAAACCUGUCAUCACACAUCCCGAGGUGUUGGCCGAAUUCAAUAUUCUCCAGAAGAAUAUACAACUGGGCGUAGGAGAGAAGAAACCACCAUUUGUGAAGUCUUUAAGACUCCCCGAGGUCUAUAAGCCACUGCUCAUACUCAUGGGACUCUUUACAUUCCAACAAGUGACCGGCAUAUUUGUCAUCAUUGUCUAUGCUGUGCAAAUUGCCAUGGAAGCUGGUGUUACCAUUGACCCCUUCAUGUGCGCCAUCAUGAUUGGUGUGGCCCGUGUGAUCACCACCUGUCCCUUGGGUUAUGUACUCGAAAAAUGGGGCCGUCGUCGUUCAGGCCUUAUAUCAGCUUUGGGUAUGGGCGUUUGCAUGGCUUUACUGGCUCUACACAAGCAUCUCAAGGUCAUCCCAUAUUUGCCUGUCAUUGCCAUUGUCUCAUUCAUCAUUCUGAGUACUUUGGGUCUCUACACCCUGCCCUUCUUUAUGAUAUCCGAAGUAUUUCCACAAAAUGUCCGAGGACCUGCCUCGGGUUUAACGGUGGCCUAUGGCACCUUCGUCUCGUUCAUCUGCACCAAAACAUAUCCCUCCAUGAAGGAUGCCAUAGGCGGCGAGUAUUGCUAUAUGGUCUAUGGUUUGCUUUCUUUCUUGGGAGCGGCAUUCAUAUAUGCCUUCUUGCCUGAAACUCGAGGACGUACCCUGCUGGAAAUCGAGGAACAAUUCAGAAGUGGGAAAUCUAAACGGCCAGUAGAUCCUGUGGAAAUGCAAGAAAUAAUGGUGAAAAUUAUGUCAUCGGAUCAUUGGGAAACCAUCAAAUUGGAACAGAAUGGAAAACAGCAAAGCACUCCGAUGCUCUGUUCUGGCAUGGACCACACCCAGCCAGGAAGGAAAAAACCCUUGGGCGAGAGCCGCAAGGCUGUAUGGCGUCAACAGUUGAUGGUCUUUUUGGGCAACACCGGAGUGAUGGGUGCUGGCAUGGCCAUUGCCAUACCCUCGGUGACACUGGGCCAAUUAACUAAUGAGCAAGAGGAUUUUUUUCUAACCAUAGAGGAGGCCAGCUGGUUUUCCUCCAUCAAUACCAUGGCCUGUCCUCUGGGUGGUUUACUGGUGGGACUUUUGAUGGACCGCGUGGGCCGCAAGAACACCAUACUAGUCACCGACAUAUGUGGUGUCAUUGGAUGGGCUUUAUUGGCCUUAGCCUCCCUGCACACCGAUCACUCGGCCAUAUAUAUACAAAUGUUAAUAGCCCGCUUCAUAUCAGGCAUUAUGAUUGGAUUGGCUGUUUCCCCCGUUGGAGUAUAUUCAGCGGAAAUUAGUUUGCCUCGAAUCAGGGGACGACUUAUAUUGGGUACCUCACUUGGUUUGGCCUCUGGCAUACUCUUCAUGUAUGUCCUAGGCUAUUUUAUAAGGAAUGAUUGGCAGCUAAUAUCGAUCAUCUCCACUGUGCAUCAAAUCAUUUCAACGUUGUGUGUUCUGCCAAUGCCGGAAACUCCAAGUUGGCUAAUGCAAAAUGGCCACUACGAAAAGGCCAGAAGAUCGCUCAAAUAUUUUCGAGGUCUCAAUAAGAAUGAUGCCUCAUAUUGCGAAGAGUUUGAAAAUGAGCUCAAUCAAAUCAAAAAGACUUCCGAAGAAAGUCGCAACACCGCCAAAAACGAAUCUCUGUGGCAGGCCAUCAAGGCUCCGGAAGUUAUCAAGCCCCUGCUCAUAAUGAUUGGCUUCUUUGGUUUCCAACAAUGUUCUGGUGUGGUGGUAGUGGUGGUUUUUGCAGUACAAAUUUCCACACAGGCUGGAGUAACCAUAGACCCCGUGCUGUGUGCAGUGAUGGUGGGAGUGGCCCGCAUAAUCACCACCUUCUUUAUGAGCACCAUAUUUGAGAAAUGGGGUCGCAAACCGGCCGGUAUGGUAUCGGCGUCUGGCAUGACUGCAUGCAUGAUGCUGCUGGCAGCAUCGGGCUGGUUUCCCGAGCAAUUGGGAAAGAUUCCCGUUCUACCCAUCAUUUGUAUUGUCAUGCACAUAGUCUUCUCGACCAUGGGUCUAUUGACCCUGCCCUUCUUUAUGAUCUCGGAGGUGUUUCCCCAGCGUGUGAGAGGCAGUGCCUCAGGAUUUGCCGUGAGCUUGGGUUUGAUCAUCUCUUUUGUGGUCAUCAAACUAUACCCCACCAUGGAGAAGGCUAUGGGAACGGCAAAUGUGUUUGCCUUCUAUGGAGGAGUGUCCCUGUUAGCAGUGGCUUUUAUCUAUUUCCUAGUUCCUGAAACCAGGGGACGCACCCUACUGGAAAUCGAAGAAUAUUUCAAAACAGGGCGCAUGCCUUUGCCCAAUGAAAUACAGCUAGACAGUGGGAGAGAUGAGUGCAGAGAAAAGUUUUUGAAAACCUAGAGCCGGGAUAAGAAACAAAUUGAAUCCAUCUAAAGUUAUUAUCUUUGCGGCUGACUUAGAUCAGUACUUAAAAUUUGUAAACUGAAUUCCAAAGAGUUCAUGCAACCACCAACCAAGAAACUGUAGUCUGUGAUUUUUACAAAAUUUUCCAAACACACACACACAUUCACUUGGUGUAUUUGGCAAAAUGGUCUUAUAUCCAUACAUACGCACAAACACUUACUAAUGUGCAUACACAUACACUUAAAUGUUUAUUAUUUAGUUCUUAAGUAGCGAUAGAUAAUUAUUUUAAGGCAAAUGAUGACAAAUGUGUAUAUUUACUUACUGUGGAAAUGCAAUGUCGUGUGACGAUGACAA